AAACGUCCUGACGCGGGCUAUUCAAACGCUUAUCCAAGAUCAGGUUGUGUGUUUAAUGCCGGUGUCCGUUUCACAAUAUAUCAGUAAGUUCAUACAGUAGCCGUGACUGAACGGUCAAAUGUUAAUAUUAUCGGCGCAACAGAAAGAUAUUAACGCAUUAUGGGUGUAAACUAACGUUAGCGCGUUGUGUUGUUGCAGUUUAGCAACCUCCUCUCGUGUUAUGCAACAACAACAUCGCUUAAAAGAGGACACUGACGGCUUUCGGCAUCAAAAACACACACACAUGGAUUAUAGCAGCGGGAGGCAAGAGCAGAAGAAACCUCAUACAACAAACACGUGUUUUGGGCAGUUUUCAUACAGUGCAGAGGAAUACCAGGCAGUCCAGAAUGCACUGCGGCAGAAACUCGGACCUGAGUACAUCAGCACCAGACAGGCUGGCGGAGGACAAAAGGUGUGCUACAUCGAAGGUCACAAAGUUAUAAGCCUGGCCAAUGAAAUGUUUGGGUACAAUGGAUGGUCACACUCGAUAUCUCAACAAAAUGUUGACUUUGUGGACCUGAUCAAUGGGAAGUUUUAUGUUGGAGUCAGUGCUUUCAUUAAGGUCCAGUUAAAGGAUGGCUCAUUUCAUGAGGAUGUAGGAUACGGGGUCAGCGAAGGCCUCAAAUCCAAAGCGCUGUCGCUGGAAAAAGCAAGAAAAGAAGCCGUCACAGAUGGAUUGAAAAGAGCACUCAAGUGUUUUGGAAAUGCGCUUGGAAACUGUAUUCUGAACAAGGAGUAUCUCAUCGCCAUCAAUAAAAUACCUAAGCAGCCUCCUCCUCCUUUGGACGCAGACAAAACCAAACGCAGCGAUUUGGAGCCGUCUGUAGAGAAAGCCAGGUUUGACAGCCUGGCCCAAACAAACAGCAGGCAAUUUACCAAACCGGAGAACCCAGCCAACAUCCCCAUAGAGCAGAUGGGAAAUCACCCUGUACGAGGAGGCCAUGAGAGUGCCACGGGGCCCAGGACUUCAUUGACAAACACAACAGCACUUCCUGGCAACACAACAAUUCACCAGGAUACAGAAAACAGGCCCAGCAACACCUCCAGGUCAGCCUCUGAUACCACUGAGCUGUCCUCGUCUGAUCCUCUGCUGGACUCGAAGCAGCAGAGGAAGCUGAGACAGCAGCAGCUGCAACUGAAGUUCAGACAGGAGAUGGAGGCCAAGAAGCUGCUGCAGGAUAAGAAAGACCAGCAGCCCAUGCCGCACAUUAAACAAGAUGACCCAGAAUUGUGGGACUUCACUCUGGAUGGCAUCGAUAUGCUGGACGAUCCUUCAACGAGAUCCACUGACCCUCCUCGUCCCUCCACACCAAACCAGCACACGAUGACGACACGCAGCAAGACUCCGCAGAGACCCCAAUACCUGAGACCACCAGCACAACCUCAGGGCCACUUCAGAUCCUCCGCAGCAGGUGGACCAUCGAGCCCAUACAGACACGGCCAGAUGAUGAAGAAACGAAGACUGGACACGUGAUGAAUUGAGCUAUUUAUUGCUUUUCUUUUAGAUUUUUGAAAGUUUUUUUUUUUUUUUUAAAUCCAUUUUGUUUUAUUAAUUGGUGUAUAUGGUAAAAUAAUACGUGUACUAUGUGGUUCCAGCGGAACUUUCUAAAAUGUAAUAUAAGAUUUCUUUUUUAAAUAAACAUUAU